UCAAGAUGUCGGACAAAAUCAACGUUUUCCCCUCUCGAAUGGCCUUGACCAUUAUGAAGGCCAGAUUAAAAGGUGCUCAGAAAGGUCACAGUUUAUUGAAGAAAAAAGCAGAUGCCUUAACUCUUCGAUUUAGAAAUAUUUUAAAGAAGAUUAUUGAGACUAAAAUGUUAAUGGGAGAUGUCAUGAAAACAGCAUCAUUUUCUCUAGCAGAGGCUAAAUUUGCUACAGGAGACUUAAAUCAUAUGAUAUUACAGAAUGUUACUAAAGCUCAAAUUAAAGUUAAGAGUAAAAAAGAAAAUGUUGCAGGUGUUAAUUUACCAAUAUUUGAACAUUAUCAAGAUGGGGCUGAUACAUAUGAACUAACUGGAUUAUCUCGAGGUGGACAGCAAAUUGAUAGAUUAAAAAAGAACUAUGCUAAAGCUAUUCAGUUAUUAGUUGAAUUAGCUUCUUUACAAACCUCAUUUGUAACAUUAGAUGAAGUUAUUAAGAUAACUAACAGACGUGUUAAUGCUAUUGAACAUGUUAUUAUACCAAGAAUAGAAAGAACAUUAAGUUACAUUAGUACUGAGUUAGAUGAAAGAGAGAGAGAAGAAUUUUACAGGUUGAAGAAAGUGCAAGAAAAGAAGAAAGCUUUACGUAAAAUAAAAGAAGAUAAGAAAGCUGAAGAAAAAGCUGCUGGACAAUUCAUUGAAAGUUCUAAUUUAUUAGCAGAAGAUUAUGAUGAAGAUUUAUUAUUUACAGAUUAGGAUUAGAUUAGGAUUAAUAUAUUUAUAGAUCUAUUAUUAUACAUAUACUGAUAUAGCUUAUUAUAUUCAACUUAGUGGGACAAUUCAUAAUUUCCAGUUAUUAUGAUAAAUAUGUGAUAUAUUGGAAUGUCAUACAUAGAUGACACUUAAAAUAAAAUAGUGAAUUAUUAUGUAGGACAGUAAUAAUUAGUGAGUAAAUUAAUCAGUCUCACCAAAUCAAAAGCUUAUUAAAUUAUAGAAUAUAUUACCAUAAAACAAAUGGUAGCAUUUAUAAAAAGAUAUCAUGAUUUAUUUUAUGAUAAUUUCCUUUUUUUUCAUUGAAUGAAGAUAUUUUGUAUGUAUGAGGUAUGAUUUUGUUAUGUUUAAAAUGUGUUAUAUGUUUUAUCACAAUACAUGUACAUAAGUAAUGCGCUAUAUUCUGUCAUAUCUUAAGAAAUUCCAUUUUACAUGUAUAUUCAGUAGAAAUAUAAUAUACAAGUUUGUAUUUGGAUUUUUAUGUUUAGUUUCUAUAGAAUAUUUGUAUCAAGUAAUGUUAGAUAUGCAACUUACUUCUCAGAUAUUACAAAUAUAUUUCAAAAACACAAAUAACAGUAAAAUACUGAAUGUCAAAUUAUUUGCAUGGAAGAGUGUAAUGGAGUUUUGUGGAAUGUGGAAUCCUUUAAUAAUCCCAUCUGACCUUAUACAUCCAUAGCUGUAAUUUAAAACAGGGUUUUAAGUGUAGAGCAAGAUGUGAAUACUAUUUAUAUAUGUGGUUAAGGGUUUAUAUAGUUUGACUGUAGAAUAAGCAGUAAUUUAUAUACAUGUAGAUUAUUUAUUGGAAAAUAAUCAAUAAACUGUAUAUCCAUUUGAUUGGAAGUCACUCUCAAGCUACCGUAGCUUUUACAUUUCCGCUGGGUUGAUUUUCGAAUCAUUUUAGUUCAGGCUAAACCAUUGUUCGACCAUUAAAAUGAAAAAUGACCGUCUAGUCAACUACUGAAGGUGUUAUUUCAGUUACAUUUUUGAAAAUAAAAUCCUUAAAUCUU